AUGGAAGAAUCAAAUACGACGCAGAAUCAUUUGCUAUCGAGCAACGAUCCAUCCCUGACCAAGUCAAGUCUCAACCUAGACAAAGCAACAGUAUCCGAGUUAUUUACGAAGCUCCGGACAGCAGAGAGGCCAAGUGAUAAUGGUAGGGGACCAAAAAAUGUCGAAUCUUACAAGUUCUGGAAGACACAGCCAGUGCCACAAUUCAACGAGAAUGGUGGUAAAAGUAGCGGAGGACCUAUCAAAAUGAUCAAUCUAGACGAGGUGCCAAAAGACCCCUACCCGCUAUUAGACGGCUUCGAGUGGGGAACAAUCGACCCAGGAGAUGAGAAGGAGGUGGGCGAGUUGUAUGAAUUACUGUCAAACCAUUACGUUGAGGAUAAUGAUUCGACCUUCCGACUCAACUACUCACCGGUGUUUCUGAGAUGGGCCUUAACUUCUCCGGGCUGGCAGAAGCAAUGGCAUAUUGGCGUGCGCGCUUCUGCGUCGCAAAAACUAGUCGCUUUUAUUAGUGGUUCACCGGCCAACAUCAAAAUUCAUGCGCAAAUGAUGAAGGUGACCGAAAUCAACUUUCUAUGUAUUCACAAAAGACUUCGCUCAAAACGUCUGGCACCACUCCUGAUCAGGGAGAUCACCCGGCGCUGCUACCUCCAAGGCAUCUACCAGGCCAUCUAUACCGCUGCGGCAAUCUUGCCCACCCCGGUGGCAUCGUGCCGAUACUAUCAUCGUCCCCUGAACUGGCUCAAACUGUACGAGUCCGGCUUUUCGCACCUGCCGGCGAACUCCACCAAGGCUCGGCAGAUUGCAAAAUAUCAUCUACCAAGUACUACCCAAACGUCUGGCCUGCGCCCCAUGGAAGUGGAUGACCUAGGUGCCGUCCAUGAGCUACUGGAGAGGUAUCUGCAGCGAUUCGACAUCAGUCCAACAUUCAGCAUAAACGAGCUAAGGCAUUGGUUGUUCUUUGAAGCCGAUCAGCCGAAAGAAGCCGCGAGCAAACGUGUGGUGUGGGUAUAUGUUGUGGAACAUCUAGAAACCCGGAAGAUCACGGAUUUUGUCUCCUUCUAUUCCAUCGAAUCCACGGCGCUCUCUCACUCGCAGCAUAACGUGAUUCGAACGGCAUAUCUGUAUUAUUAUGCAUCGACGGAGAGCACUCAGAACCUUCAGCAGCGUUUACAGGGUCUCAUCAACGAUGCCCUUAUCUUGGCGAAAAAGGCUCGGUUCGAUGUGUUCAAUGCACUUCGUCUCCAAGAUAAUGACCUAUUCCUGGAAAAGCUUCGCUUCGGCCCUGGCGAUGGCCAGCUUAAUUACUACCUCUUCAAUUACCGGGUGGAUCCGGUGGCCAAUGAGGAUGAUUCGGAUUGCUUGGUGAGCCAGAGGCCUGGAGGUAUGGGCGUGAUCAUGUUAUAG